GUUUCCGUUCCUGAGCUGCAUAAAUUCAACUGGAAUAGUUUAUCAACGAAGAUAAUGAGGCACGGAUUCCAAGUCCUCACGUUGCUAGUAGCAGUCAUUUUAUUUCAUAUUUCAAACAACUUUAUAAGAGCUCUCCCUGUAUCUAGCAGCAUAAGAAUAAACUUAAAGGAACAGCGUAUAAUCACACAUGAAGGGUCAACAAUGCAAUUCGAAUCAACCAUAUCCAGAAGGAAUGAAAAUAUCAACAGCUGGAAAUGGUUCCGUAAUGGAAAAAUGAUCCCAAGUAAUAAAAGAUUUGAGAGCCAGCUGAAGAGUAAUUAUACCCAGGCCAACGAGUCCUUCAUUAUAAUUCGUUUGAAUGUCAGAGGAGUAAAACUUAUUGACUCGGGUAAUUGGACAGUUGAAGUGACGAGUUCCAAUAAUUAUACAGUUUCACAGACGGCAUCUGUCACAGUUUUCCGCAGACCUGUCCUAAAAGUACAGAGAAGUACCGUGUUGAUAAGAGAGGGAUCUCCUAUAUUUCUUGUCUGCUUUUGGACAAACAACACGCAUGAAAAAGAUUUCCCUGUCAUACGUCUCCGUUCAUUGUCUGGUUUACAACUUGGAAAGUGGGUUAACACCAGGACAAAUGAUAAUUUCUACUCAGUAUUUAUGAAACCUACAUCGGAGGUCUCGGACAAAGGGCGUUACCAGUGCUACAGUAGUCUAAACGAUGGCGUGUUUACAAAUCAAUCUCGAACAAUUGAAGUGCAAAUAUAUACUGCAGAUGAUGUUGUAUGCCAAUCGAGUAUUGACCAGUACGGGAUAAUCUGGCAUAACACAUUAAGUAACACAAUGGAGUAUGGAUCGUGCCCAUCUGGAAGAAAUGAUAUAAUGGCUGAUUACGGAUCGUGGGAUCUACCCACACUUAGAAAAGAGCUACGGAAACGAAAUGCUCGCAUUUCCGGUCGCAAAAGAGAGUUGGUUGAAAGACUUGAAGCAUAUGACAGAAAUUCAAAUUUUGGUUCUGCAGAAAGAGUAGAGAGAGAGUAUUGUAUGCAAGUGCCUGGUUAUGAAAAGUUUAAAGAUAUCAACAAAGAUACUCAGAUAGUAGGAGUGAGAGAAGAGGCAGUGAAAGCAUAUCUGGAAAGAAUGAAUAAAAGUGUAGAUAGCAAUGUGAUGUACAUAUAUGAGAGCAAGUUUCUAAAGUAUGUGAGACUCUGUGCUGAAAAUAACUUUUAUUAUGUGAAGGCAGAAUGCAAGGCACAGAUGAAGAAGAGUGUGUCAUAUAAAGUGGAUGUAUGUGUUGAUAUGGAUGGGUGUAUCGUGGAAAGUCAGUGCGAGUGUGCUGUGGGCAUGGGCCCAACUGCUGCAUGUAAGCAUGUAUGUGUUGUGUUAUUCAGUUUCCAGAUGUUUUGCAAAAGUGGAGACAUUGUAACCGAGGAGACAUGCACUCAGAACCUUCAAACUUUCCAUCAUACCAAAGUGUACAAAGGCAGUCCAAUAAAGGCAAAUGACUUGCCUUUAGCUGGUGAAGUGGAUGUUAGUUAUGAUCCAAGACCAAGAGCAUAUCGCAAUAUGCCAGGAUAUCCAGAUACCUUCAGAAAUGUCUGGCUAAAUCAUCCCAACAUUAGUAAUUUAGCAGUCUCACAAAUUUUCCCACUUGCCAACACAAUUGGGUUAGAAAAAGACCAUGACUAUUUAAGUCAUCCAUUGUCAUACAUAUGGUUACAAAACAUGAAUAUAACAAAUAUUUCAGAUGAGGAUAUUGUUAAGUUAGAAGAGCAAACACGCGGUCAAAGUAAAAGUGCUAUCUGGCGAGAUGAGAGACGAAAGAGAAUUCAUUCUUCCAACUUUGGCAGAAUUUGCAAGGCUACUGACAAAACUGAUUUUUUAAAGCUGGCUGAAAAUUUAACAAAGCAUAUGCCAGAAAUUCGUGUACCUGCUAUUUUGCAUGGUAGAUGUUAUGAGUCGGUGGCAAUAAAAAAGUUUGAGGAAAAAUUUAAUGUUAAAACCUCAAAAUGUGGAAUAUUUGUUUCAAAGUUGCAUCCUUUUAUAGCUUCUUCACCUGAUGCCAUCUUGGACCAAAGAAACUCGUCACGUUUCUGCAAUGCAUCUGGAAUGUGGAAUUCAACAGAUGUGUCCUAUUGUUAUGAUAACAAUCUUGACGUCAUAUCCGAGGAGUUAGAUAAUAUUGACGCCGAGGUGGAUGACGGUACGGCGGAUGAAGACAGCGUCGCUGAGGUAAUAAACAAUACCUUAACUGAAACGGAAGUGUUUACUCGCAAUACAAGUAUGCCUGGUGAUCUAAAAAGAACAGUAAAUAUACUAGAAAGAAUUGUCCGCCUAACAAACCGCAGUGGAAACAUGGUCAACAAUUAUAAACAGUCCUUUUUCGUUUCUGUCGACAAUAUGUUAUCCUCAAGAAAUGAUGAUGCCUGGACUCAAUUAUCAGCGAGGUCAGACUUGUCUUCUGCUGAAUUUGUGAUGAGUUUGGUCGAUGGAUUCAGUGUUUACGUCAGACAAAGGAGACAGAAUGUCAACGAGACUGAUAAAUUUAAUGGAAGCAACUUAGAAGUGAAACAUGGUUCAGUAGAUUUACUUCAGAAUGUAACUUUUCCUAAUGAGGGUCCUGAAGAAUCCUUCCUACUGCUGCCUCGGCAAAAUGAAAUUAAAACAGGAAAUUCCUAUACGGCUGUUAUUUACAGAACAAUUGCAAAUAUACUUCCAACAGAACUGAGCAAUACCUCAAGGGUUAAAAUGACUAUGAAAUUACCAGUUGUAAACACGCCAAUACUAUCGUUUACGUUGGACACAACUCCUGAUAUGUUAUCACCACCGCUCACACUGACAUUUUUACCUAUGAAUAAGACUGGUGAUAUUACGUCUUCAGUAUGCGUCUACUGGAACUUCUCUUCAAGGAAUGGACUUGGUGGUUGGGAUACAGAUGGUUGUGAACUUGUACAAUCUGCAUCUAAUAAAAUUACCUGUCAAUGUAACCAUCUUACAAACUUUGCUGUCUUGAUGAGUUUGGACACAGACGUAGCAGAUACAGAAUUUCUCUCAACAAUUUCUUUGAUCGGAAGUUGCAUUUCGAUUGUAUUUGCGUCAUUGACGGUGAUAGUUCAUAUCCUUGUGUGGAGAUAUUUAAAGAGUGCGGUGGUCAUCCUACUAAUGAAUCUUUGUGUGACAUUGUCCGUCUCCUACCUGCUUUUCAUUGUCGGGACAUAUGCCUCUUUUAAUGAGACUGCCUGCACAGUUAUUACAUUCUUCCUGCAUUCAAUGCUGCUGGUCAUGUUUAGUAUGAUGCAAUGUAUAGGUGUUUACUAUUUCCGGAACAUUGUUAUCGCUUCGAUCUGGUUACGUCUGGCGAAUAGAUUUUCAAGAAGGUCAAAUAUCCCAUUGUUUAUGGGUUUCGGCUGGGGGAUACCCUUUGUUAUAUCUUCAACAACACUUGGAAUAUUCUUCAAUAAAACGUAUCGUUUAUCAAAUCAUUGCUGGCUUUCUGUUGACAGUGGGGCGAUUUAUUUCUUCAUUGUUCCUGUUUGUGUGGUGAUAUUUAUAAACUUUAUUAUAAUUCUGGCUCUGCUGAAAGUGUCAUUAAGCCGAAUGAAAGGAUAUGCAACACAGACGUCCCAAAAUCAGGAAACAAGCAUUUCAGCCAAAGCCCGAAUGGCUUUGAAAAACUUUGGAGUCCUCGUCCCAGUUCUUGGUAUAACCUGGAUUUUCGGAGUUAUGUCAAUAAAUGAAGAUACAGAAGUUUUCCAAUAUCUCUUCACUAUUAGCAGUUCACUACAGGGUUUACUUAUUUUCAUCAUAAAUGUUCCAUUAAAUAAAAAGUUACGAGAUGCCUUUAAGAAGAAGUUCAAAUUCCUGGAGACUAUUUCGAGCAGCCAAAAAUCCACCGGGUCCAGUAAUCAGACAUUGGAACAGACAAGCACAAAUGUAAAAAUAUCUCAGGCAUCAAAGGAACCAAAAAAACUCGAAGAUACAGAUGUAGAUGACAAUGGAAUGAUACGAAUCUCAAAAGUUGUCAGUGACUGGACAACACAUUAAAAUCCGGUGAGGAUGGGAAGUCCAUUUUUCACCAUCGUAAUCUCAGGACAAUUGUUGACUGCAGGGAAAAUAGCUUAAAGACAAAUGAGCAUCACAUCAACUCUGAGGCAGCCUGUCACUGUUGAUGACUAAUCUCUUUUGUAUUUGAGAUGAACCUGCUUCUUUUUAUUGACUAAAAUGUGCGAUUGUUUUUCUGGGUUCGUAGAGUCAGUUAACAAUGUGUCUGUUACAUCAAGAUCUUAUUUGCUUGGCAUAGAAUUAGAAACUAUAUUAACCUAAUAGAUUUACAUGACAAGACAAAUUAGAAAAUAAGACUUAUAAUAUACUAAUUUCAUCCAAUAAUAAAUUGCAAUGCAUCAAGUCAAUUUAAAAUCAACACAUGAUUAGGGCCCUACAGGUUCUAUUAUGUUUGUACAUAUAAUAUGAUAUGAGAUUCAGAACGUUUAAAGCCUUCGCUAACAUAUGACAACGACAUUUAUUUUCUGUGGACUUACUUGUAAGACGAAUUGAAAUGCAAUGAUCAUGUAAUUUCUUUUUGAAAUUUAUAGAUUUGUUUUUAAGAAACCAUGCUUAUAUGACAUCGUAAGUGUGAUAUAAUGUCUCGUAUGUUAAAAAAUAGUGUGGCCAUGUCGUAUUUUUCCCAAAACGCAUUAUGUUAGGGAUUUUUUUUUAAUCAUUUACUUCCGUUUAGCUUCUUCAGAAUUCUAACUGAGUAUUAUGUAACUGUGUCGUAAAGCUAUAAGUAUCCACGUAAUGCUGAAUCUCACACUUUAUGGAUUAAACAAUAACAGGUUUUAUUAGAAAAAUUAUUUUCAAGCUUUUUUAAACUAAAAAACGAGUUACACAUCGUAUGCUAUAAUUUACAGCCUUAGGCACAGCUCGAGCGAGUUUUAUUUGACUUACUGUACCCUGUUGACUUUUGAUCAAUAUUGUUGGUAAAAUUGCAUAUUGCUUAUUACGAAAUGUGAGACUCUUCUAAGUUACAUUAUAACUGUGAAUUUUGAUAUUAUAACAUUAUUUAAAGUAUGUUAGUUUUUGAAUCAUUGCAAAUGUUUUCAUUGCCAAAUUAAAAUUCAGAAUUUAG